AUAAUGGCAAACAAUGCAGGUUGAUUUUUUUUUUCUUUUUUAGAAGAAUUCUCAACAUGUGUUUAGAAGUUGCUUCUGUAGGAGAUAGUUCUUUCUCUGUUUCUUUCCACCUCUCAAAAGAAUGCUCUCUAGAUAAAGAUUUUAGAGUCUCUUCUUCCUCAUACCUUCAGUGGAGUCACUCUAUCACAGCAGUUUAAAAGGAGAGUCAGACCCCAAAGGGAAAUCCUGGCCCCACUGAAACCAGUAGGAAUUUUCCUACGGAUGUCAACGGAGCCAGAUUUUUAAAAAGUUUGUAUUCAUGUUGCUAAUACCAGGGUCAGAGGAGAGUGCUGGUAACACUUCUUUCAGUAGUGUAUAGCAGACUUGGUCCAUAGUGUUAGCACAGGGCUAACAGUGUUCCCACUGAAGUCAGUGUCAAAACUCUCAUAAGUUUCAGUGGGAAUAGAAACAGGCCCUUAACGAUGAAAGCUGGCGUACAGGUACUGGCAGACCGUCAGCAUCACGUUUUCAUUAACAUUACGGUUUCAGAGCAAUGGCCACUAUUCUGUUUUUAAAUUACAAUCUUGUACCUUUCUUUUAAUUCUUAGUUCUACAGUUAUUAUGAAGGAUGUGGUGUUUACAUAGCACAGGGAUGAAGAACUUCCCUCUUUCAGGACCAGCAUAACAUUGAUGUUUUAGAAACAAAAUGGUGACCCUGAGAAGAAGAGUAUUUCCAGCCAGUGGCCAGUAGUUGCGUAACAUGGCUGCCUGCUUUGAGACCUUUUCUGUAGCUACUAGUACCAAAGGAACAGAUGCUGUGCAGAUCGGGAAAGCGUCAAGAGGUUACAAGGUCUCCUCCAUUCCUUAUAAAUACCAGACAAGAAUGAUCCCAAACUCAGAAAAAAAGGGAUUUAAUUCUCAAGCGAAGAGGUUUCAGUAUAACCAGAAUGAAAUUCCAGGCCCAGGAUUCUAUAAUGUCGUUCACCAGUCUGCAGAGAUUAACAGCACCUCACUGUCGAAGAAAGGAACGGGCUACUUUCCUUCCAUGGAUGCUCGUCUCCCACACAACAGAAAACCCAGCUACCCUGCCGCAAAUGCCUACAACCUCUCAUUGGCAUUUCAAUCCAAGCAAGAUUUCAGCACUGGAAACUCCAGCAUGUUUCAGCAACCAAUCGCUAAGAGGAGAGAGCAAACCUCCACCCCAGCGCCCAACCAAUACAACGCCUGUCUAGAUUUCUGCAAGCAAAGGAACAACCUAUGUGCCCGGGCGGUGUUUUUGUCCAAAACGGCAAGAGGAUUAAGCACUGAUAAAACAGAAAAAUGGCCUUCUCCAUGCCAUUACAGAAUCAAUGACUCCCUCGUCAAGAAGUCCCCCAGGAUUCUAGUGUCUUGCUUCAGAUCAAAUACUCAUCGUGAAACAAAGGUGAACACAAUAAGCCCAGGGCCUGCAGCGUAUCAGCUCAGCAACCCCCCUAAAGCAGCAAAGAAGACCCCUUCCAUGCGAAAGCAAAACUUGAAUUUCUCUGCCCCUGCCAUACCACCAGCUAAAAAUCCACCUUUGCCUGGGCCAGGGCAAUAUGAAGUAGUGGACUACGAAGGCCCACCAAAGCAUUACAUCUCUAGUGCUGUAUUUGUCUCAAACACGGGGCGGUGGAGAGGGGACACAGCUCAGCAAGGGAUACCUGGGCCAGGUACUUAUCUGCCAGAAGUACCAGGGAAACAGUCCUUUAUCUACAAUGUUGAUAACAAGUGGAUUCCAGUACUGUAGGCAUCAGAGCCCCCAUAUUUUGGAGAAAUUCUGCAAAGACUGAACCUCAUUCAAAACCAGCCGUGCAGUCGCUAACGCAUGGGCAAGCUAUGGUGUCCCCAGCCCUCGUGCUUUAACUGUCCUUAUAGUCUGGCAUCUGCGACUGGUAUUGUGCACAUAUUGCAAACUGAAAGGUGAUCAUUAGGCUGAAAUUGACCUAAGAUCUUCCAAUUAAGUUGAACAAUUCAUGCAAAUAUUGUUUGAUUCUUUUUUACCCUAUGUAAUUAGUGGUCAUGUAUCUUUGGCACUGAUAAAUUCUGGUCAUAUAUUGGCCAGUCACAUGAAACACAGUAUACUGGCAGUAAUCUAUAUCUUGCUUUUUAUCCCCAGUUGUCUUGGUUGGAACUGCGGUUCCCCUUAUCCUCCAUUUCGACCUCUGGCUUUUAGAAUGCAUGUGUGCUGCUGGAUUAGGUGCACUCUCUCCCUGUAAACACGAAAUAAAUCUAGCUGUGUCCUAGGCCUGACAAUAAU